AUGCGAUCGCGCAAUCCUGAGGUGCGCGCUGCUCGCAUCCGUCGUCGCCAAAAUGAUGCGAGGGAAGAAGACCAGAACGGCAAUGACGGUUAUGCUGGUAGAAGUAAACGUGGCGGUGCUGGGGGUGUGCUUGCUGCGGAUGCGGCACAACUCAUGGCGCGUAUGCGGCACCGCUCGGAGGAGCGCCGAAAGGCAGAGGUGCGUGUUGGCGAGCGUGAGGGCUGGAUCAAGUCGCGUUACGCCGACAUUUCCGGCGGUGUGCGGUUUGUCAAGGACGAAAUCCUGGCGGAGCUCAUUGCGGAGACGAAGUCCAGCUUUCUCAAACUGGACCAAGAGCUUUCCGAGGAUCACAACAUUGCCACAAGGCGCCUACAUGCCGCUGUCUUUGCACACACCACGGAUUUUUUGCAGCUCUUCCGUGAUGUGAAUCGCGCGAGUAAUUUGAUGGAUAGUUUAAAGGGCCGCGUGCAAGGAACGAAGGCCGCCAUAUCUGCUAUUAGUAAAUUCAGUACGUACGCCACUGGUGCUGCUGAGGAGGACAGCCGUGCCGUCUCGGAGGUGUUUGGCGUGUCAUUUCUUUUUGGCGGUGGCGGUGGUGUCAACAACAGUGGCACCGGCCCCGUUAUUUUUGGUGGAAGAAAUAACAAUAACAGGAAUAAUGUGAAGGCGCGGGCGAGACCGAGUCUUAUUUCUUUGCGGCUUACAUGGGGGGGCAAUGCUUCCCACAAGACAUUUGUCACCCACGCAAGUGCUGACAGCAGUGACGCUGAUGGUGUCCGCCACCACGACGGGAACAGGAGGAGUAAUAGCGACGCUGGCAUUUAUACUGGCGGCGCUCAUCUGAUGGCUACAACACGGUCGCUCAAUACGCCGUCGGUGCGGCUCUGGCGUGACGCGACACUGGCGGCCGGUGGCGCCUCUGCCUCGAUGAAACGUCAUUCUCACGUGCGGUUGGAUUUGGAUCGAGAUCUCGGAAUGCCGAGUUCACAGGACAUCGCACUCUUUGCGGAUGUGCUGAAGGAUGAGGUAAUUCAACUCUUGGCAGGGCGGCAGUAUCUUGAGGCGGCGGAGUUGUUGCGUGGUGUGGAGGAAACAGCUGUUGCCAAGGGAUGUCUACCACUUAUUUUAAGGUUAGAGGAUAUGCUCGUGACUGCCAUACGAACACACUUGCUCCGUGUGCCGAUGCCUCUCAUGUACAGUGAGAGUUUACAUAUUCCUCUGAUUCAGCUGCUUCUGCGUCUUGGCAGAGUGCACAAAGGGACAAGACUUUUUUUCCAGCUUCACGCCGCGUGGGUGGAUGCUGAGAUGGAUAAGAUGCAACUUCGCAUGGACCCGCUGUACGGUGCGUUGAUUGCCAGUGACUUUCUUGUCGGGGCAGUGCAAGAGGUGUUGCUGCGACAGCAAAAUUUGUGGAACGCUGUUGGCCUCAAGGCCGAGGGAAAGAAUUCUGAUUAUAGUCUUGAAAAGGAUGAGGGUGGUGGGAAGAAGGGGGAUAAGGUUUCACACGGCGCCACCACGACGAUUAAUUCUACUAACAACAACAACAACAACAACAACAACAAGGGUAGCAGAAGCACUGGAUACAAGUUUGACGGCGAUGAAGGUGGGACCGGUAAUAAGGCCCAUGUACGGGCCCAACCCGGCAUGUUUAUAAUGCCACCGAACUCUGCUGCUGUGCUUUGGGUUAGAGAACGCGUGGACAAGCUUGCACGGGACUUGCUGGGAGCCAGGGCACUGAGUUACGGUAUUGGCGCGGAGGGUGGUGACCCCUCGCGGUUUCGCCGCGCGGUGGUGAUGGCAGCUGACGCGAUUCGUACAUUACGGCGUAUGGAUGACUCGGGAUACGCCGGGUGCGACACACACCUGCUGCGCCUGUUGACCCCAAGCCUCGUCUACCUGCAGGCUGACUUUAGCGUCUGUACAGACAGUCGUCUUGAAAGUACGGGCAGGGCAAUGGUGGAGCACCUCAUCCGGGACGCACGGCUGAUGUACAAAACAAAUGAGGCCGCGUAUAACCCUAAAAUGUGCGAGGAGGUUGCACGACGAAAUAAUUGUGGCUGCCGUGAGUUGUAUCAGCGUCUGAAGCAUUUUCCCCGUAUUUCAUACGCAUUAUUGCUGGAACUCCUUCUUGUGCCAGCUUCAUCAAGUCUCUUCACGACGAAGGGCAGUGGGAUAGAGGCUUCGCAGCCGCUGAGGCAGCCUCUAUCGCCGGAGAAGUACACUUUCCUGCGUUACGCCAACGGCUGCACGCGCUCACAUGGACUUUUUCUUUUGUCUCUUAUUCGGUUUGUGGCUGCAAUGACCGGUCAAGAUUCAUUGCCUUUGGAGCAAAUGGGGCAGCAGUCAACACAAGAACCGAAUGGGGAAUUUCGGGGAAAUCAAUUGGAAUGCGUGUCUUUUCUCCUUUCCAAUGCCCUUGUGAUAGAGUCGCUUGACAUCACGAUGCAGCGUUUGUUUCUUUCGUUUCUACGCACAACACUGCGACAGAGACAGGCGUUGGUGGCAUUUCUGAAGUCUGCGGAGUUCUUAAAGAUUCACCGUCAGCUAUUUUGCGCUGCGGGAGAAUCCACCACGACUUUCUCGUCUUAUUCCACCACGAGGUGGUUGAUUGGCGCCAUGCAGCUGCUCCUCGCAGAUGUGUUGAGUGCGUCUGUCUGGGUGGCUUUUCUCUCUCGCGGUGGGGCACUGUCGUACAUGCUGUGUGAUGCAGAACUGGUAUUUUGCUCACAGUACAUGGAGGAGCUGCGUCGGGUGCUGCCGUGUGUUGUGCAGGGGUGGAUGGCUGCCACACUGAGUCUGGCGCACAAUAUAAACACCGCACAGGAACUCCUCGUUGGUGAUGACGCCCUGCUACUUUCUUCCGGGUACGAUGCCACUGCCGCGGGGGUGACGAAUGGCCGCGAAACCUCGACUGUGGCCGCUGCUGCCGCAAGUUACGUGGAGGGCGGAAAUGGUUCACAUGAAGCUGCGGCUCAGCUCCUUCAGGCGGCAGCUGUGGAUGAGACAAAACUGAUGCCAUUUCUCAUGGAACUCGUGCGAGGCCGAUUCUCUUCACACACCGGCGAAGAAGUCGAGGCAACGUGGUCGGGCGCUCCACUCCAACCCUCAUCAUCACCAUUGGUGCCCCUUCUUUGUGGUCUGCGUCACGCGCUUGGCAACUACCCGCAUUUUCCCAUGGGCGGUGGCUUUGACCACAGCGACGAACUGUUUCUUUUCCAUUGGUGCGUCCAGAUUUCGCUGAAUACGCUUGCGUUCUUCCAGGAGCACCUCGUUCUUCCAAGCCACGUUGUGAAUGAACAGCGGGCAGCGCAACACGGUGACACUGCGGCGAGGUCCACCAGUCCUGGGGUCACAGGGGCCUCGCGGUACCCGCUGCGGGGUUGCGUGUCACCGCAGGAGGAAUCGGUGCUUGGGGCAUUGGCCGCAGGUGGUGGGAAUUACGUGAGUGGCCUGGCACUCUUGCAAUUCAUUGUUUUUCGCUUGCUGCGCGACGUGUUGUGCCGCAUUGAGACAUGGAGUGCGGUUUACGGUCUCCUCCCGGAGAGGUGGCGUCAGUCGGAGAGCAUCUUGAGGCAACAGCUCUUCUUCUUCGCCCUAUUCGUCCGGUUGUGGACGCCGCUUUUUGUUGGCGGGUCGAAGUCAACACCACAGGGACGACCAGCGAUGACAAACACGAAUGGCACCAUCGACGGUGCGCCAGCCCUGGUGAUUCUGCAGUGGCUGACAUGUACUACGAGGGCAAAGGGGCAUCAGAAGGAGCAUCCGCAUCCGCCGCAAAGGCACUUGUUUGACGUGGAGGGGUUGACGUUUUUAUCGACUGUUGUGUCCCCAACUCAAGCACCGCCUGUCUCGCGGGAAAUGGGCACGUGGAGGAGCCAAAGGAACAAUGUCAGAAGUGGUGACCAUAGACAGGAACAAGGUGCAAUGGAAGGGAAUUCAACCUCUCUACCGAACAAAAAUCCCGCGGGUACGUCAUCGCUGAAGGACGGCAACACGACCGCGUACACGAGUAGCGAUGACACUGGUCCCAGCAUGCUCCUGCUGGACGUGAUCGGCUCCUUCUUUGAUGCCCUUCAGGAGCCGAGGGCGCUGCCAGCGAUCACCUCAGAGGUGACGAGGGUCCGUGUGGAGAGGGUUCUCACCUCUGUCGAUCUGGCCGAAUUUGCUCGGAAGGCGGAGCUAGACAGGAGUGACGACGAUGAUGAUGAUGAUGAGUAUGAUGAUGAUGACUCUGUUGCGAGCAGCAGCACCGGGACCCGUACAACAGGCACCAGUUUGUCAACGUUGUCAGCACGGGCUGCAGACGGGGCCGAGGAGUCAAGUCGGGCCCGAAUGACUUUGCUGCAUUUCCACGACCUCCUCGUGUAUUAUUUGGCACCGUUGCUGUGA